AGCGCGACCGCGGGAGCCUUGCAGGACCCGGCUGGAUCGCGGCGAGAGCGCGCGUGCGCCGUCCCGAGCUCGGCGCAGCCGGUGCCGCGGUGUGAAGAGCGGGGCCGAGGCCGCCGUGCGGGCCGCGGGGAUGUUCCGGAAGGCCCGGCGAGUGAACGUGCGCAAGCGGAACGACUCAGAGGAGGAGGAGCGGGAGCGCGACGACGAGCAGGAGCCGCCGCCGUUGCUGCCCCCGCCGCCGGGCACCGGCGAGGAACCGGGCCCCGGGGGUGCCGGGGGGGACUCGCUGCUGGGCCCGCCGCCCUGUGCGCCCAUCGCGGGCCCCGGGCCCGAGGCGGGGGGCGGCUGCCCGGGCGGCGCGGAGCCGGGCAACGGGCUGAAGCCGCGCAAGAGGCCGCGGGAGAACAAAGAGGCGCCGCGGGCCAGUCUGCUGAGCUUCCAGGACGAGGAGGAAGAAAAUGAAGAAGUUUUCAAAGUGAAGAAAUCAAGUUAUAGUAAAAAGAUAGUGAAAUUGCUUAAGAAAGAAUAUAAGGAAGAUCUUGAAAAAUCGAAGAUUAAGACAGAACUCAACUCACCAGCCGACAGCGAACCACCUUUGGACAAAACCGGCCAUGUUAAGGACGACAGUCAAGAAGACGGAGUUCUUCUCAUUGAGCGCGGGGAAGAUGAGAUGGAUAUGGAAAGUGAGAAGGAAGAAGAAAAACCAAAGGCUGGGGGCGCUUUUUCAAAUGCCUUGUCUUCCUUGAAUGUCCUCCGACCAGGAGAAAUUCCAGAUGCCGCUUUCAUCCAUGCUGCAAGGAAGAAGCGGCAGAUGGCGCGGGAAUUGGGAGAUUUCACUCCUCACGAGAGCGAGUCGGGUAAAGGCCGCCUGGUGCGAGAAGACGAGAAUGAUGCCAGUGACGACGAGGAUGAUGAUGAGAAACGCCGGAUAGUUUUCUCUGUGAAAGAAAAGUCACAAAGACAGAAGAUUGCAGAGGAAAUAGGUAUUGAAGGGAGUGAUGAUGAUGCCUUAGUAACUGGAGAGCAAGACGAAGAACUCAGCCGAUGGGAACAGGAGCAGAUAAGAAAAGGAAUUAAUAUCCCUCAGGUUCAAGCAAGUCAGCCCAGUGAAGUGAAUCUGUACUACCAGAACACCUACCAGGCGAUGCCUUACGGCUCCUCCUAUGGCGUUCCUUAUAGCUACACGGCCUUUGGAUCAUCUGAUGCCAAGUCUCAAAAAACAGAUAAUACAGUCCCUUUCAAAACUCCCAGUAAUGAGAUGACUCCCGUUACUAUUGAUUUGGUAAAGAAACAGCUUAAAGACAGGUUGGACUCCAUGAAAGAAUUACACAAAAGCAAUCGACAGCAGUACGAGAACCAUCUGCAAAGCCGAGUGGACUCUACCAGGGCUAUUGAGAGAUUAGAAGGGUCUUCUGGGGGUAUUGGUGAACGGUAUAAAUUUUUGCAAGAAAUGCGAGGGUAUGUCCAAGACUUGCUUGAGUGUUUCAGUGAAAAGGUGCCACUGAUUAAUGAACUUGAAUCAGCAAUACAUCAGCUGUACAAACAGCGAGCUUCCCGCCUUGUCCAAAGACGACAAGAUGAUAUUAAAGAUGAAUCUUCGGAGUUUUCAAGCCAUUCAAAUAAAGCUCUGAUGGCACCAAAUCUUGAUUCUUUUGGACGAGAUAGGGCACUCUAUCAAGAGCAUGCAAAACGUCGGAUUGCAGAACGGGAGGCCCGGAGGACUCGUCGUCGACAGGCCAGAGAGCAAAUCGGUAAGAUGGCAGAUCACCUUGAAGGCCUUUCCAGUGAUGAUGAAGAAACCUCCACAGACAUUACAAACUUCAACCUGGAAAAAGAUCGAAUUUCCAAAGAGUCCAGCAAGAUUUUUGAAGAUGUGCUUGAGAGUUUCUACUCCAUCGACUGUAUUAAGUCCCAGUUUGAAGCAUGGCGUUCCAAAUACUACAUGUCUUACAAGGAUGCUUACAUCGGCCUUUGUUUGCCGAAGCUGUUCAACCCCCUCAUAAGACUGCAGCUGCUCACUUGGUCUCCUCUUGAGGCAAAAUGCCGUGACUUUGAGACCAUGCUGUGGUUUGAAUCCUUGCUGUUUUAUGGCUGUGACGAACGAGAGCAAGAGAAAGAUGAUGUGGACAUUGCACUGUUGCCUACCAUUGUGGAAAAGGUGAUUCUUCCUAAACUAACAGUAUUAGCUGAAAAUAUGUGGGACCCAUUUUCUUCAACACAGACAUCAAGAAUGGUUGGAAUUACACUGAAAUUAAUAAACGGGUAUCCUUCAGUAGUAAACGCAGAAAACAAAAAUACACAGGUCUACCUAAAAGCACUUUUACUAAGAAUGAGAAGAACUUUAGAUGAUGAUGUGUUCAUGCCCUUAUACCCCAAAAAUGUCUUAGAAAAUAAAAACUCUGGACCUUACUUGUUUUUUCAGCGACAGUUUUGGUCUUCAGUAAAGCUGUUAGGGAACUUUCUCCAGUGGUAUGGCAUUUUCUCAAAUAAAACUCUGCAGGAGCUGUCAAUAGAUGGUUUGCUAAAUAGGUACAUUCUCAUGGCAUUUCAAAACUCUGAGUAUGGAGAUGACAGCAUCAGAAAAGCACAAAAUGUAAUCAAUUGCUUCCCCAAGCAGUGGUUUGUGAAUCUUAAAGGAGAAAGAACUAUUUCUCAGUUAGAAAACUUCUGUCGGUACCUUGUACACUUAGCAGAUACAAUCUACAGAAAUAGUAUCGGAUGUUCUGAUGUGGAAAAAAGAAAUGCAAGAGAAAACAUAAAGCAAAUAGUCAAACUUCUCGCAAGUGUUCACGCUUUGGAUCAUGCCAUGUCUGUUGCAAGUGACCACAAUGUGAAAGAAUUUAAGUCUUUGACCGAAGGAAAAUAGGUCUGUGAGCCAAAAAAAACCUGUUUGCUUUAUUACAUAGCAUUCCCAAUGUAAAAAUCUUGUAUAUAUGUAAAAUUUCCUAAACUGUAAAAUACUGAUUCUUGUUUUAAUACAAAGAACAUUAUUAAUAUUCAGUACUGUCCUUAAAUGUGAUUUCUUCAGAACGAAAAGAAUUCAGAUUAUUUCUAGCAAGCCUUUGAAUGUUCUCCUGACUGCCUGUCAUACUUUGUUUACACAGAAGUACUUUCUUUGGUCAUUCAGAUUAACCCUCUCAGUUACCUGUUCUCUGUAAACGACAUGUGCAGUGUAAAUUGUAUAAUUAUGCAUAUAUAUAUUUAUACUACCAUGGAGUUACUUUCACACUGGAGAUUUGUGUUUUUCUACAGAAUAAGCCUUUUCACAGCAGAAAAUAUUCAAAAGCAAAUUGUCUUAGGGAUAUUACUACACCUUUGCAACAAAAGGGCUGGCAAGUGACUAAGUGUUCAUCACCUUCUGGUUAGCUGUUGCUGUCAUUGUAGCUGUGCUGCCUUAAAAAUGAGGGUUAUGUAUGGGCCUAGUCAUUGGGUGAGUGGUGAACUUCCUUCCUUGAAUCAUCAUUACAGUCAACUGUGGGUUUAAUGUAAAACUCUAAGAACAUAUAUGCAACACAGGUUUUUGAAAAGGACGUGAAAGGUUUUCUGUUUGUUCUUUGAAAUAAUAGACCCACAGCCCAACUGCAUGGUUUGGGACUGGCCGACCUGUCUCAUUCAUGAAUUUACUCCCUGACCAGCUUAAAAAUAGAUGCAUUUGGAUUUGAGUAGUCUGUCAUUAUAUUGACAAUCCCACAUAUGUGAGUUAUAUAUGCAAUAAAGAACCCGCCUUGCUGAUCAGCCACCCCCAGGCAUUUACUGUCCAUGGUCUUCUAUAAUGUUUAUACCAUGCUGUAAAUAUUCAGAAAACUUGUUUUAAAGUUUAUGCUUCCUGAUUCUGUGAUUUUCAAAAGAGGAACUUUUUGGAAAUUAAGGACUAUUGUUUGAUAAUUAACUAUAUAUGUAAUUAAGCUUUAGCCAAGCAUUAAAUUCAUUUUUAA